AGAAGCGGACGCAUACUCCUCUCCCUUGCCGUGGAGGUGAUCCCUCUUUCCGUCGAGCUCUGGCUCGCUCUUGCCUGUCUCGAAAUACCUGAGCGCGCCAAAGCUGUCCUCAACAAAGCCCGCAAGUCUGUUCCUACGUCGCACGAAAUCUGGAUUGCUGCUGGACGCCUGCUCGAGCAAAGGGCCACGGGCGACCCCGACAAGUCCACAGAAACCAGAAACAAAGAAUUCGAGCUAGUAGAGAAGACCAUUGAGCUUACUGUCCGACAGCACCAGGUGCUGCUCACGCGCGAGCAAUGGGUAAAGGAGGCGGAGCGGUGUGAGAGCGACGGCAGCCUGCGGACGUGCGAGGCAAUCAUCAAAGCUACAGUGAGUAUGGAGGUCGAGGUGGAGGACAGGUUGGAUACAUGGGUUAGCGAUGCGGAGAGCGCAGAGGCAAGGGACAUGGUCAGGACUGCAAGGGCCGUGCUUGCGAAUGCGCUCAAGGUGUUCCCGGAUCAGCGGAAUCUCUGGAGAAAGGCUGCGGAUUUGGAGAAGGCCCACGGCACCAUGGAACCACUUGAUGGAGUGCUCUCUCAGGCAGUACAAUAUUGCCCGCAGGCGGAAGUCCUCUGGCUUAUGUCGGCCAAAGAGAAGUGGCUGGCUGGCGACGUGCCGGCGGUGCACGAGGUUCUUGAAAGGGUUUUCAUCGCUAAUCCCGAAAGCGAGCAAAUCUGGCUCGCUGCCGUCAAGCUCGAGAAUGGCGAACUGGAUGUCGCAACGGAGCUGCUCGUAUGUGCACAGACAGUCGCGGAUACUGAGCAGAUCUGGAUGAAAUCUGCUGUAUUCGAGCGCCAGAAAGGGCAGUAUACUGCAGCACUUGAAACCAUCUCCGCCGCCCUAUCUAAAUUCCCUGAGUUUGCCUGA